GGCAAAAGGGCGGCGACGGGGCAUGAACCGGUACAAGAUCACGAAGCAGCUCGGCGACGGGACGUACGGCUCGGUGCUCAAGGCCGUGAACCGGACGUCGGGCGAAGUCGUGGCGGUCAAGAAGAUGAAGAAGAAAUUCUACACGUGGGAAGAGUGCAUGGCACUGCGGGAGGUCAAGUCGCUCAAGAAGCUCAACCACCCCAACAUCAUCAAGCUCAAGGAAGUGAUCCGCGAGAACGACGAGCUCUUCUUCGUGUUUGAGUUUAUGGAAAACAACUUGUACGAGACGAUGAAGAAGCGCGACCGCCAUUCCCCGAGUCCAAGAUCCGCAACCUCAUGUACCAGAUGCUCCAAGGCCUAGCGUUCAUGCACAAGCACAGCUUCUUCCAUCGGGACAUCAAGCCUGAAAACAUGCUCGUCAAGGGCGACGUCGUCAAGGUCGCCGACUUUGGCCUUGCGCGCGAGAUCCGAUCACGGCCGCCGUUCACAGACUACGUCUCGACGCGGUGGUACCGUGCGCCCGAGGUGCUACUGCGCUCGACGACGUACAACUCGCCAAUCGACGCCUGGGCCAUGGGCUGCAUCAUGGCCGAGAUGUUUACGUUGCGACCACUCUUCCCCGGCUCGAGCGAAGGCGACCAAAUUUACAAGAUCUGCUCCGUGCUCGGGAACCCGACGCACGCGAGCUGGCCCGAGGGCAUGAAGCUCGCCGCACAAAUGAACUACCGCUUCCCGCAGUUCGUCUCAACGUCGCUCGCGUCGAUCAUUCCGCACGCCAGUCCGGAAGCCAUCCAGCUCAUGCAAGACUUUCUCAAGUACGACCCGAACCAACGACCAACGUCGAGCCAAGCGCUGCAAUAUCCGUUCUUCCAAGUGAACGCCAACAUCCCGCCGACGAUCCCCACCCCCAACGCUCCACAACAGACCACGUCGCUGGCGGGUACGUUCACGCCCGUGGACAAGUCGCCCUCGACCACCCCUGGCGGGGCCCAAAAGACGCCGUCCUCCACGACCUACGGCCCGUACCCGCCGCCCACCUUUCAGCCGGCCCAACCCAGUGAAAACUACCCGGCCAACGCCAAUUAUCGCUCGAGCAAUAGCGUCAACUCGGCGUCGGGCAAGGCCGCACCGCGUAAUACGAUCGCGGCCGCGGGCAACACGAUGUUUGGCAGCUCGUCGCUCGAGCCGCUACCGCCGCCGAGUGGCGGCCCCGACAAUGCGAGCGUGCCCGGCAGUCGGUACACGCGCCAAGCACGGUAUGCGCCCGGCAUGGGUGCUGCGACCGAGAACAACGACGCCAACAACCCCGACUCGCUCUUCUCUGGCGGGAAGCGACCGUUCCAGUCCAGCUACAACCCGACCGCGCCGAUCAAGCCGAUCGCCGCAACAACGACCACUGGCGGGCUGGGGUCCCAGAUGUACAGCCGACACAACUUUUAGCGCUCGCCACGUCGCUGUUUAGC